UGUUCUUUCCAAUGCUCUGUGCUGUUGGCUUACUAAGGCGAACGCUGAUUUAAGACGUUCAGCUGCACAUCUUUGGUAUAGGAGCAAAAAAGGAGGUUUCAGGAAAUUAAAUGAUUUCAACAUGAUGAAAAUGAUAAAUGAUAUCAACAGACAAGAUAUUAACCGGGUACUUCACCAGUUGCAGCUUUAUGGGAAAGAGAGAAGAAGAAGAAGCUAGACAUACAAAAUGGAGGGAAUAUCAAAGGCUGUACUGCAGCCCCUAGAGGAGAAGUAUACAUGUGAAGUGGGACCCUCAGAAGACAGAGGUAAAGUUGAGGAAAGAAACAAUUUAGCACUGCACAGGAGCCGGGUCUUCAUGAACACCAUAGAGAAAAGAAUUGUAGCCAUUAAGGAAGAAGACUGUGAACUGGAAUGCGUCCACUUCUUGAACGAGGCUGAGCGGAAAUGUGACCAAAGUGACAUACAGAAACAGGAAAUUACAAACCGAGUCAAGCAAGAAAAUUUUAAAUCGGAAGCUGUUUCUCUAGAAGAAGAAGAGGAAGAAAUUGUCACUUGGCCAGACUCCACUCUGAGCGGGUCCUUCUCCCUACAGGACCGGUCUGUCCAGGUGAAGUCGGAAUCAUUGGAUUCAGACUGGAAGAUGACUGAGAAAGCGUCAUCUCCCACUAAAAAAGCAGAUGUACAAAAGAAGAGCAGUGUUCCCUCAUCUACAUUUGACCAGGCCUCUCUCCAUGGCAAACAACAACAGAAAUGCCAUGAUGGAAGUACAAAGCUUUCAGCAUCUGAAUUACAGAGUCUGAUGCUAACCUGUUUGCAGAAUCGCUCGCUACCUGUUGUGAAACUAAUAAGGGUCGAUGCCAUCAUCACUAAACAACUGGUACAUAACACAAAUGCAGCAGCUUCCAAUAUUUGUGGAGACCAGAGAACAACUUUAAAUGGCAAAUCUAAACCUAAAGAGCACCAGCAGAUUCCACGAUAUGGCUGCUCUGAAUGUGGCAAGCGAUACACAAAUACCAGCAAUCUUCAGAAGCACAUAAGAAGUCAUACUGGAGAAAGGCCAUUUUGCUGCACCCUGUGCGACCAACGAUUCACUUGUAAGAGCAGUCUUCAGAGCCACAUGAUACUUCAUACCGGUGAGAGGCCAUACUGCUGUUCUGAAUGUGGUAAACGAUUCCCUGACAAGAGCCGCCUUCAGAAACACGCAAGAAUUCACACUGGAGAGAAGCCAUAUUCAUGUUCUGAAUGUGGUAAACGAUUAACCGAGAAAAGCGGUCUUAAGAAACACCUCCGCAUCCACACUGGGGAGAAACCUUAUUGCUGUCCUAUAUGUGGCAGAGGAUUUACUGACAGUAGUGGUCUUCUAAAACACAAAAGAAUUCACACAGGAGAGAGGCCCUACCCCUGUCCUGAAUGUGAUAAGCGAUUCUCAGAUAGCAGUAGCCUUCAGAGACACAGACGAAUUCAUACUGGAGUGAAACCUUACUGCUGUAGUGAAUGUGGCAAAAGUUUUGUGCAGAAAGAUCAUCUCCUGGAUCACACACUGACUCACACGGGGGUGAAGCCAUACUGCUGUUCUGACUGUGGCAAAUGCUAUUUCCAUAGGAGCAAUCUUCAGAGACAUAUGGUAAUACACAGUAUUUAAUCAGAAGCAUGGCACUGCAGCACAAAACAAAAGUUGGACUCUUGGAUGAAUGUUACUAGAGAAAAAAUUGUGCCGCAUUGGAAAUGUUACAUUAUUUAAAAAAAAAAAAAAAAAA